UCUUGUAUGCGUUUGUUGUAGAACAUGGCCUCGGUUAACAUAACUUCGGCUCUUAACAAAAUUGGAUUAACAAGGUUUGGUGGAAUAUUUCUCUGGCUGAUUCUUCAUCGACAGUUUGUCGAUACACUUAAGAAAGACUUUGAUGUCGGACUUAAACUCAAGGGAGAGUUCAAACAAGAGUAUGAGAACUUGGAAAAUCCAGAGACAAAAAGGCUUGUCAAAAAUAUUGAAGAAAAUGUGAUGGAAGAAUUCAAAGGCACUGGUCUCGCUAGCGUUACGGUGCUCAAGCUGAGGCAAGGAAGUAUCAUUGCUGACUUGAAACUAACAUUUAACGAUUCUGUCGGAGAAAGUAGUGUAAAUGCAUUGCUGACACAGGCAGCGAAUAGGGGAAAAAUUGGCGAUAUGGAAGUUGAAGAGAUUAGCGUUGGAAAAACUUUCUCAGAGCCAACUACAACUUCAGUACCGCCCGAGGACUGUGGAACCUUCUUUGAGGGAGAAGAUUGUAAAAAAGCGAAGCCUGGUUUGAUUGUACUCUGCGUGAUUGGAGGUGUGGCAGUUUUGGCAAUCAUCGUAGCAAUAAUAGCUUACGGUUUGCACAAGAAAAAAUCAAACGUUGCAUCCUUUUCAAAUGGCUUACAGCCAAGCGUAGUUAUGCGAGAUAGGCCAGACUUAAAUUCCGAUAAAGUGGUUGCUGAUUUAAUUGAAGAUGGUAACUGGUUCCAAGAAUGA